AUGACAAACGACACGAAAGUGGUUCUCGGCAUCUCGUCGGCCGCCUCGGCCGCCGCCAUCAUCGCCUGUUUGGUGAUCGUGCCAGGGCUCUACAGCAGCAUCCAGCAGCUGAACGAUCGCGUUACUUUUGGCGUCCAAAAGUUCCGCGAGCAAACCGACGAUGCUUGGACCCAACUCAUGGAGGUACAACUUCAGGUAAGGAAAGAAACAAGCAGUUAGAAAAAUAGAUAUUUGAGCUUUAAUAAUCUUGAGGAGGUCUAAUAAAAUCUUUUUAGGUAACUCCACCAUCCAAGCCCCGUGAGAACCCCUUCAACUCCAUCUUCCGUCAGAAACGUCAGGCCAACGGCGGACUCCCAGCCUGGUGUCAAUGUACCCCACCAAAGGUCAACUGUCCACCCGGCCCAGCCGGACCACCCGGCCCACCAGGACCUCCAGGACAGCCCGGAGCCCCAGGAAACGCCGGAGGACCAGGACAGCCAGGAGCCCCCGCCGCCCCAUGCCCACAAGCCCACCAAGGCUGCAUCCAGUGCCCAGCCGGACCACCAGGCCGACCCGGAGGCAACGGACCCCCAGGCCCACCAGGACCCAACGGACAGCCCGGAGCCCCAGGCCAAGGCGGCGGCGCAGGACCACCCGGCCCACCAGGACCAGCCGGAGACGCCGGAGCCCCAGGACAGCCCGGAGCGCCCGGUCAGCCAGGACACCCCGGACAAGACGGAGUCAAGUCCACCUCUGUUCCCGGCCCCAAGGGACCCAGCGGACCACCCGGCCCACCAGGACAGCCCGGACCCAACGGACAGCCCGGCCAGCCCGGAGGCCAAGGACCACCCGGACCCGCCGGACCACCCGGCCAGCCCGGUCACCCCGGAGGCGAUGGACAACCAGGUCUGCCAGGAUCCUCUGGACAGCCCGGUCACGAUGCCGCCUACUGUCCUUGCCCUGCUCGUACUGCGGUGUUCGCUCAUCGUCGUCGUUUCCACGCCUAG